CAAGAACCAUCAAAACCGGCGAGCUUCAGUCAAGCAGGCAGCAGGGAGAUGGAGGCUCAAACGGCGAGACGGAGAGUUGAGAUCAUUACUGCUCAUUUAUCUCCCGCGGAUAACAUCUCUGCAACCGCAGUUGGCCCUCAUGUUUUCCCUCUGAAUUGCAGUGGUGGUUUAACCUCCAUCAAGAGGAGAGGUGAUAAUCGUAUUGAUUUUGCCAGACAAGAUUCGAGGUCCCAAGGUGGUUUCAUGAGGCAGGCUUCAACAGAACAGGAUUUUUCUGGCCAGUCUAGUCUGCCUUCCAUGUCCACUCUAUCCCAUAAAGACGGGUCCUCUGAACUUGUGACACCCUUGUUUUCUCAGCCGGCCAGCAUUAACUCCAAUGUUCCAAAAGUAAGAAAUCUUCAAUAUGCCGUUGAUGAUUACAUGUUACCUUCUCCCCAGCCACCCAAGUUUGCCAGAACAACCGUAGAAAGAGACGUGCCAAGGAAAUUCAGCCCCAAGAACAGCAUGCAUACUACUAAACAUCUCGGACUCGAGGAAAAACAAUCCCCAAGGAUGGACGUUGCAGAAUCUAAAGGAAAAUAUAUUCUGCUGAUAGAACUGCCAGGGAUUAGUAAAGAUGACAUAAGAGUUGAAGUUCAUAAUACAACUCUGAUUGUACAAACAGCCAAGGGGAGGACUACAAGCUGCUCUUUUAGUGAUCGUGCGAGCUCUUCAUAUUACAGAAGGGAGAUUCUAGAAGGUCCCUUCGAAAUCGUGUGGCCACUACCCCUUGAUGUGAAUCCAGAUUCUGUUUCAGCUGAAUUUUUGGACGGCCUUUUACGUGUUACCAUCCCUAAACUUCGAGUCCCAGUCUGGUGAUGCAGCCUCUCGGGUAAUUCGUAUAUAUAUAUAUAUAUACUUGUAUAUUGUAGUAUAAAUCUCAAAAGUUAUAUCUGGUGUAUUUAAUGAAUUAAAUCAUUCGCUACUCAGACAGACCGUGUACAAAUCACAUAAAAUAUGUUAAUAUUCACACUGUAUGCAUCAGUAGGGGUACACAUCCCAUACUUCUGGUAA